UUAACGUUUGUAUCUAAAAGUGUUUGUGAAUGAAUUUGCGACGGUUGUGAGUGCUUUCUGGCAGUGGUCGGUUACAAAAAGGUGCGGGGUUUCGAUUUGGAAGCUGGCAGGAAUGGUGUAAUCCACCUGAGAAAGAUGUGACAAACGAAACCUUAUCAGCAUGAGAGAGGAGGGAGAUCUAGGUAUGGUGAGAGACCUCUCGAGGUUGGACGAUGGAAGGACUGGGAAAGGAGAGAUCCGUAUGCAGCCCAAAAACCUCCCCGUGGAUCGGACAUCCUAAAGACUGCUUUACGACCAAUGAUACACUUGUCCCUCCUGAAACGAAUAAAAAGUGCAAUGACAUGGACAGCAAGAAAACAGUGCUGGAAUUGAAGGAUGUUCCUCCUCCCCCUAUGCACUAUGCUUCAUCCUCCAAACCAUCCCCGCUCUUCCCUUUACCACCUCUCCCUUUGGCUCCUUCUCAUUUGCUUUCUCGCCAGCUUACACAAGACUGCCAUCAACAACAGCCUCCACUGCAGCAGCAGCAAGAGGGGCCUAGCCCCAAAGUAAGCGCAUGCGCCUACUGUGAUUACUGCAUCACAGAGGGCUAUGGAUUAUUAGAUGGUGGAGGUGUUGCUGGUUGUACCAUAGCUAGUGUUGUCCCACACUACGCAGCUUCUGACUCAUUGACAACACCCGUCUACAGCAGCAGUGACACUGGCAGAUCUGGGCCUUGCUCUGUAGCCUCACCUUUUAUUCAGUACAAACGCGGGAAGAGCUGUGGACCUAAAGAUGAUGCUUGUGGUCCGCUGCUCAGUUGUGGCUGCACACCUCAGAGGCUCUCUUCAGUCACCACCUCCCAGCCCAUCUCAGCACAGCCCCACAUUCAUUGUUGCACAGGGCUUCUUAACACCCACCCAGCUGAAGCUCUUCCAAUCAACCCAGUCUCCUUCCCACCUCACCCCCUUUUGGCUUCUUCAUCACUCCCACCCAUUUCUGCUAGUCACACGUCUUUGCAUGACUCUUGCCUAGCCUCUUCUGACCAUUAUAUCUGUGGUAUGGACUGCAGUCCCAUGGUCAGAAGAACCCAGACAAGUGCAGCACUCCGUGAUCACCCUGCUAGUACCCCUAUCAACACCACAUCCAUGUCAGCACUUCUCUACUCUAAUCCUAUGCACCUAAAUGUUGAGCAAACGGUUUCUAUGAAGGGGGUGCACUACUGCCAGGAUUGCUUGUUUAAGCCCAUGAAUGGUUUUGUGUCCAAGUCAGAAAAGGUGUGGCCCAGUAUUCCAGUUUCCCAAACAGCUCCAGUCUCUAUUCCCGUUUGUAACGGCUGUGGCACCUCAUCUGAUAAUGCGGCGCUCAGUCAGGGAAAAACUGGCCAGAAGUAUGGUUCACCAGAAAAUGGUGGUACAGAGAACAAUCCCCCAGUUGGAGUGUUUUGGGACAUAGAGAACUGCAGCGUGCCUAGUGGAAAAUCUGCUGGAGAGGUGGUGCAGCGUAUACGCAGCCGUUUUUUCCAGGGCCACCGUGAGGCAGAGUUCAUGUGUGUGUGUGAUAUCAGUAAGGAGAAUAAAGCAGUUAUCCAAGAGCUCAACAACUGCCAGGUUACUGUGGCACACAUCAAUGCCACAGCUAAGAAUGCUGCUGAUGACAAGCUCCGCCAGAGCUUACGGCGCUUUGCUGAGACUCACACUGCACCGGCAACUGUUGUCCUUGUAUCAUCUGAUGUCAACUUUGCAAGUGAGUUGAGCGACCUGCGCCAUCGCCAUGGUUUCCAGGUAAUCCUGGUCCAUGGAAACCAUACCUCCCAGGCGCUGCUGCAGCACGCCCACGUUCAUGUGUCUUUUCAAGAGAUCACAGCUGACCUGCCUCCGCGCAUGCCUCUCGAAACGCAGCCCAGUUACAACCUGCUCUAUGUGCACAACCUUCCUGUCAACUGUGACAAGAGCCUGUGGAACGCUGUGAAGCUCAGGCUCCGCCGCCUCUCAGACAACUGUGGUGGCAAGGUGCUGGGAUUGUCCCAUGGCACAGCCGUCCUCCGUUUUGGCAGCCCCGAGGCAGCAUCACGUGCCCGCAAGCGAAUGGAAAAUGAGGACGUGUUUGGCCAUCGAAUCAGCCUCUCCGUCUCCCCGUGGCCCAAAGACGAUGCAUGUUUUGAGCGUGACCCUCAGUCUCAGUCCCGUCAUUUUCCCUUGCCUGAGACACUGCCCCUCUCGAAUCAAAGCCAGGACACAAUGUCCAUCACUCCUGUAGCCACAUCCUCCUCCUUUUUGCCACUGGAGAAGCCCAGGUCGCCUAGGAGAUCACGGCGAGCUACUCGCCCAUGCUACACCCCCAGGCCUCUGCCUGAAAGGCCCUACAGCCCCAAGAGGGGAUGUUCGGGGCCGCCGGGUGGUGCUCCUGCAAAGCCCCAUCAGGAUUUGAGUAGUGCAGACAGCAAACCUAAACCGGGGUUCCUCCACCUAGAUAAGGGACGGCCAGCCUCCUCCACCCCUCAUAGUAAUGGUAACAUGGAAUCGCUGGAACAGCUUUCCAAACCUGGCUUCCCUGACGAGACCUUACACAAGAAAAGAAGGGAUGGUUCCAAUCCUCGCAGUGACUCCGAGUCUCCUGUUGGAAGGGAGAGACGAUCAGUGGAGUUUCAGAUCAGCACUCCUUCUGCUUUCAGCAAGCUGAACCUGCACAGAAGCUUCAGCCCUCUUGUCUUGUCCCAGGGUUCUUGGUCUUCCAGGGCUGCAUCACCCUGCCUUUCUAGCCGCUCUUCUCCCGUGCUUGCUGCUCCUCGAAGCCCUUGUCCAGAGUACCCAACAGAGCCAUUUUCAGAUGGAGCUGAAAUCCAGGUGGCUAACCUUGACUACAGAAUGUCCCGCAAGGAGCUACAACAGACUCUACGUGACACCUUCUUCCGAUAUGGGCGGGUGAAAGGGGUCGAGCUUAGUCCCCACACAGACUAUCAGCUUAAGGCUACAAUCCAGAUGCUGUCCUUACAGCAGGCUAUCAGUGCUGUCAGUGGACUUCACCGUUACAAAAUUGGAGGCAAGCGCAUCCAAGUGUCUUUGAUCACAGGUGGCCAUAACAAGUCCUUUGUCAUGCUCAGCUCCGAGAUCAGCAGCAUUCUUCAGGAAGCACCUGCAAAUUGCCUUCCUCUCUUCAAGUUCACUGAGAUCUAUGAGAAGAAGUACCACCGUAAGAUUUUGAUGAGCGAUCUGCAAAGGCUGCCGGAUGUAGUGGCUAUUCGGGAACAGGGCGGCACGAGGCUGGUGUGCCUUCUUCCGAGCAGCCAAAUCCGUCAGAGUCCACUUGGAUCUUCUCAGUCACAGGGGAGCUCCUCCACAGCAAGCGGCAGCCCUGUGGUGUUUGAGGAGCUGGAGUACCAUGAUCCAAUCUGCAGACAACACUACACCCAGCACAACUUCAGCGAGGCAGACUUUGACCCAGACUCGUACACAAUUCCCUUUGUGGUAAUGUCUCUCAGAACUUUGGCCUCUGAGGUUCAUGAACUGCUUCAAUCACACGAAGGAACUCUUCCCCUCCUCAGCUUUCCAGACUGCUAUGAAGCAAAGUUCAGUCGGCUGGAGCUGGGCAAUGAAACUCUGGAGUGUGGUGUUCCUUUGGAGCACCUAAUCGCAUGUGUUCCCAGUAUAACCAUAGUCACAGCUCAGAACGGUUACAAAGUCAUCAAGUGGAUUCACAACAAACCACCAGCACCAAACUCCGAGCCCUGGCUCCACCGAAGCAAGAGUCCCGUUGGCAACCCUCAACUCAUUCAGUUCAGCAGAGAGAUUAUUGACCUCUUAAAGAGUCAACCAUCUUGCAUCAUGCCUAUCAGCAAAUUUAUACCUUCUUACCAUCAUCAUUUUGCCAAGCAGUGCCGCGUCUCUGACUAUGGCUACUCAAAGCUGUUUGAGCUGCUGGAAGCAGUGCCGCAUGUCCUGCAGAUCUUGGGCAUGGGUACCAAACGUCUGCUGACCCUUACUCAUCGAGCCCAAGUGAAACGUUUCACUCAAGACUUAUUAAAACUUCUCAAAUUUCAAGCCAGCAAGCAAGUGGCUGUCAAGGACUUCAUGCAAGCAUACCACUGGUGCUUUUCCAGAGACUGGAAUAUAGCAGACUAUGGCGCGUGUGACCUCAUUGACCUGCUCUCCGAGAUUCCCGAUACCACCAUUACCACCACGCAUCAUGACAAUGACACAGUCAUCUCUGUUCCCAAGAGAGAGCGUACUGGGGAUGAAAUGGAGCGCACUAAGCAGUUUGGAAAGGAAGUCGUCGACCUCCUCCGUCACCAACCUCACUGCAGAAUGCCCUUCAGCAAGUUCAUCCCCACCUACCACCACCACUUUGGACGUCAGUGUAAGCUGAGCUACUACGGCUUCAACAAGCUCAUGGAGCUCUUUGAGGCCAUCCCUGAGGUGCUAAUGGUGUUGGAGUGUGGCGAGGAGAAGGUGCUUUCUCUCACAGAGGUGGAGCGCAUUAAAGCUCUGGCAGCUCAACUGGUCAAGCUGCUUCGAGCUCAGAAGAACUGCAGCCUUCCCAUGAGCCAGUUGCUCACAGAGUACAGCAAGACCUUUGGUUACGGUGUACGCCUGCAGAACUACGACACCAGCUCCCUACCGGCGUUACUCAGCAAACUCUGCCAUGUUGUGAAGGUGGUGGAUGGCACAGACGGACGGGAAGUUCAGCUUAUCAACAGGAAAUCUCUGCGUUUACUGACAUCGCAACUUCUGGCACUGCUUAUGUCUCAAGAGAAACAUGUCGAGAAGGGUCUCAGGGUGGAUGAAUUGCGCCAGCAUUACCAGAUGGUCUACAAAGCCCCACUCAACCCUUGUGAAUAUGGCUUCCUCUCCCUCAGCGAGCUACUCAAGAGUCUGCCCUACCUUGUGGAACUUUACUGUGAAGGGCUUGACGGAGGCAUUCAAGCGGGCAGCACUACAAGCGGUCCCGGUGAGGAGUGGGUGAGGCUGACCAGGCUUUACCAGUUUGCCCGUAACGUACGUGCACUGCUCCACACCUACCAUUACAACCAGAUCUUCCUGUCCGAGUUCCAAGGAGCUUAUAGAAAGUUUACUGGCUGUGGCCUGGAGUCUCGCUCCUAUGGAUACAUCAGCACCGAUGAGCUGCUCAAUGCCAUUCCACAGGUGGUCUGGAUCAAAGGGCACGGUCACAAGAGGAUUAUCGUUUUGAAGAACGAUAUGAAAGAGAGGGUGAGCGCUUCAGUCACCAGCAGCCCUCAGUCCGGAGGUAACGUGGAGAGCCCCAGAGACAGCCCAACUAUCACCACCCGUUCUGAAGAAAACAGUCCAAUCGACCUUCUCUGCGGCCCGGUACCGUCUUGCCUGCCGUCACCUCAGCUCCACCCUGACCCUGUCCUAAUGCAGCAGACCAAUCUGAUUCAUUUUGAGGAGAAAGCUCCGCCAUUGUGCCACCCAUCAGAGAGCAAAGAGUUCCACAUGGGAUCUGCUGCCCAAGACGGCGAGCCUGCAGCACCCACGGAGACGGAGCCCCCUUUGUCCAUGGACAGUCCCGCCAGAAGAGGCCCCCGCAAUAGAAUCAAGCUAGCUGCCAACUUUUCAUUCAAUUCAGGUUGCUAAACCAAGAGCGCAACUCUGAGAAGGAGAGUUGAGUAAGUAGCGUUACUAAUCACGCUGCAGAAUGACCACUCUCGAAGGGCAUUUGGCGUUGCUGCUUUCUGCCGUUGCAUUAUAAUGUUCAGCUUUUCUCUGUUGCAACCCUUUGGACUUGUUCUUUCGCAAUCGUUUCAUUUCAUUCAGUAGUUCUCACAAAGCUUGGAUCUUUUUUACCUCUUGCAGAUUUUCUGCAAUUUACAAACGAAAACCCCACUUAUGGUUAUUAGAAAUUCAUUCUAUCCUGAAGGAAGUUAAAUUUUAUCCCCAAGAACGUGCACAUGGGAAAUCCAGACGAGUUAGAUGCCACUGCAUGCAGCGCACCGACCUUUUGGAGAGAUGCGCAAGAUGAAUAGCACACUCGUGUUUUAGGACGUUAAAACAAUUUUCUCAGGUCAUCAGCUUGACCAGAUGCCAUUUUUGAAGGUGUUGUUCAACGAUAUAAUAAUUCUAGUUCAAGUCUUAAAUAGCCGACGCCUUUGAAUUUCAGUCGACAUUCUUCUUAGAACUUUGUAGGUGGUUCCAGAGAUGUUGAUAUCCUCUUUGUUUGCUCUUUUUGCUUCAAAGACGUCCAUACCCCCAUUUGUGGGUGUCAUGACAGGUUGCCUCUUAGAGAUUAUCACCAAGUGAACGGUUGUUGCGUUUUGAUUAAGUCGGUGCUAGUUUGGUCAACGGUUAUGCACCCCCUCCCCUAAGGCAGGACGUGCGUAUUUGGACAAGCUUUUAAGCCAGCAGCCAGUGUCUGUGUUCUUUUAGCUGUUAGUGUGUGGUUCUCCACUGGAGGCAGUCUGACAUAUGCACGGUGUGCAUACAUGAGUUGACGCAUGAUGCAAUAAGCCCAGCAGCAGCGGACGGGAAACGUAUACAAGAAGAAAAACAAAGAUUCUUUGUGAUCAGUCUUUCGUUUUCCACCUCGUUUUUGACUUCUUGGAGGCGGGGCCACCUUUGUGGCCGCUACUGACGUACUCGAGGCUUUUAGUUUUUAUUUCCCUCUCAGCCUUGUUGCCAGUAGCAUCUGUCGUGGUCUCCUGUCUGAGCACUCUGGGAGUUUUUUUUGGUCUUUUUUUUUUUUUUUAAUGACAAAGGUGCACCGUGGGUGUUAGUUUUCGGGAUAUAGACAUAGGUGGGAGGAGGUGGUCUUGUUAGUGGAGUGGCACAGGGGCUGUGUGAAGCCUGUAUGUGUGUCUCACAUCCACGUAGAGAAUCCUCUGUGGCUCUCUGGAUUUUGCCUGGCUUUUACAAUGGCUUGUAUUUGCCACGUUGACAAAGGAAUGGCCAUAGUACCUCCCCAGCCAUUAUGUUUUGAUGUCCCCGUAUGUUGGUUUCCUCCCUUUUUGCCAUCACCUGUGUUCUGGUUCUGCUGGCUGCUUGGUUUGCUUCCAGUCUACUGUCAGUUUGUUAUGCGCCGUGGAUGUGACGAGUGACGGUUCAUGUUCAGAGAAAAACAUUCAGAGAAUGGGUAAGAGCCCAUUACUUCAGUGGGCAACCGUUACCUGUUGACUCGUUCGGCUGGCGUCGUGACAUGACUUUUUUUUUGGUCCCCCCCCCCCCCCCCCUCACCUGUUGACCACUCAUCCAAAUUAUUUUAACUCCAGUUGCUGCAGCGUCGGCUCCUCUGCCCUUUCCAGACCCAGUUGAACACUCUUUGAUUAAGGAAUGUGCAGCUCACCGAAUUACUGAUUUCGAUUUGACACCAAUAGCUUUAAUGCUUCCGAUAAACAUCUAUUUCAAACUUUUUAAUGUAAAUCUGAGCUUUUUCUGUGCAGUGGCAUCUAUCUUAUAAUGGACACAGUAGCACAUUUAGCGUUUCCUUUGUGCAGGUCUCCUCUGUAAAGUGCUCUUGAAAUAUGCUUAUCUGCAUAGUUUUGGUUUCUGAAAUGUGCAAUUAUUUGGAGUCCGAGAAUAUGUUUGAAGAAAGAAAUUAAUGAAUUCUUAGCCAGCUUGUACUAACACAAUUUGUAUUGCUUACGUUUUUCCAUUUGUAUUCAAGAACUGAAAAGAAAAAUGUAGUUUUAAUUCAAAGCCGACAUUUAAAACUGCUGCAUUGUAAUCUUUUUGUUUUUUUUUUUGUUUUUUACUAUCACACAAGCUCCCAAUCUAUUACAGUUCGAAAGCCUCACCACAACUUGUUGCUAUCAAACAUCGUUUAAGGGACCAAUCCAGUUCUGUUAAUAAACUUAACUAAGCAUUA